UGAUGCAUCCUGUUAUGAAUAUUAACUAGUUAUUGAUUGAUGAAUAUUAAUUGGGUAGUUAUUUAUCGUUAAUCAACUAGCUAGUAGCUACACCUACAUAAUUUAAUAUGGCUACAGGCUACCAACCUUUAGAAGAGGAAGAUGAUUGGGAGACAGUCCCUUACAUUCCUGCGGGAGACCCUCUCGUCUCCUCUCCUGGUAGAGGAACGGAAGGACCGUUAAGAGUCAUCUCUGAUGAUAUAGAGAACCUGGUCAUAAUAGAACAGGAGCCUCCUGGCCCUCUAUCUACUGACCCACCAGAGUCUCUGGAAGAAGAGCCAUUAUUGAUACGAUACGAGGAAGAGGAGGAGGAGGAGGAGACAGAGGAUGGUCCUAAAGGUGUAGCUGAUGUUGAUUAUCUUCCUGUCAAAGAGAAUGAGAUAUCAAUGAUUAGAGGUGAUAUUGUGCUGAUAUUGGGCCAAACAAUUGAUAAGUUAUAUUACAGUGUCAUUAAUCUAAGAACCUCAGAAUCAGGAGAAGUACCAGUUGAAUACAUCACAGUUGGUCUUAGCGAUGACUCUUUACCAGUUCCUACAAAGUCGAAUCUUCAAAGAAGCAAUGUUGUAUUGAGGAAGAGAUCUCACGGUAACUCCAGCAACAGGAAGACAGGAUCGCUCUUUACUGAUAAUCUGAAGCUGGACAUACCACCAGAGGCCAAGGAAAGAGUAAUGGAGGAGUCCUAUCAAUCAAGAGGAGCCAGUCAAGAAAAGGCUAAUCUGUCUGAAUCCUAUGUUAAUUCGUUACCAAUGGAGUACCGUAGGCUGGAGAAAUACAAGAUAUUAUCAGUAUCAGGCUCCGAUAAGUUUGGUCGACCAGUCAUUGUAUUUUCGUCUUGUAGACUGCCACCAUCUUAUCAAAUCAGUCAUGAUACUUUAUUUGCUUAUUUAAAGUACACUUUGGAUCAGUAUGUUGAAAAUGACUAUACAUUGGUUUAUUUUCAUCAUGGGCUAAGCAGCACCAAUAAACCAACCUUCUCCUGGUUGUAUCAGAUUUAUAAAGAGCUGGACAGAAAGUUAGUGGAUUAUACUUUAAUCCCAUUCAUUCAUUCAUUCAUUCAUUCAUUCAUUCAUUCAUUCCGCUCCAGGUAUAAGAAGAAUCUCAAAAAGUUCUACAUAGUCCAUCCAACAACUUUUAUUAAAGUUAUCGCUACAUUUUUCAAACCAUUGAUCAGUGUUAAAUUUGGUCGUAAGUUGGUGUACAUCAAUCGAUUGGCUGAACUGGACACCGUCCUCUACACUGACCAGAUGGACAUACCAGAAGACAUUAGGAAAUAUGACAGGACGUUAAAGACCCCGCCCAGACCUCAUGUUGCUAAUACUGAGUCAAGAAGCUCCUCCUUCUACAUAUCAAUAGAGGAGACCCUACCAUGUGACUCCAGUAACAGAUCCCAACAGUUUGGAGUACCCAUUGAAAUUUUAAAGAGCAGGAGUGGUGAGGACAUACCCCUAGUGAUGUCCCAGUGUAUUGAGUUCAUGACUAACAAUGCUCUGGAUGUGGUUGGUAUUUUUAGACGAACUCCUUCACAUCAUAAUGUACAGGAAGUUAAGAAAGCUUUUAAUCAAGGAGUACCAGUAGAUUUUGAGUCGUACGCUGAUCCUCACCUAACGGCUACAAUAUUGAAGAUGUUCUUGAGAGAAUUACCAGAGCCACUCAUGACAUUCAAUCUUCAUUCUAAAAUAGCAUCGCUCCGAGGACUGACUGAAGAACAGAAGGUUGAUAAAUGUAAAGAACUGCUACUCUCACUGCCUGAUCUAAACUAUAAAAUAAUGAAAUAUUUAUUGGAAUUUAUUGCUAAGGUACUUGCUCAUGAAGAACAGAACAAGAUGUCUGCUAAUAAUUUGUCAAUAGUGUUUGGUCCAAAUCUCCUUUGGUCCAAGAAUGAAGUGGCCACGUUGAACUCAAUGAGUGAAAUCAACAGAUUCACUUCAAUCAUUUUUACUAAUCCUGAUGUGAUGAGUGAGAGUUUAAUUAAUUAAUGUUUAAUUGUGACCACACCUUCUUCCUUUCUCUCUCUUUUUAUCUCAAAUUUGUCAAUAUUAGCAUUAACACGCAAUUAUUAUUAUUAUUAUUAUUAUUAUUAUUAUUAUUAUUAUUGUUAUUAUUAUUGUUAUUAUUAUUGUUUGUGUGUAUAAUCUAUCUGUAUGUGAUAAUAAUUUUAAAAUAUUUUAAUUAAAGUUUAUCAUUUG